ACAAAGCUUGAGAUACUGAAUGCACAACUUUCUUUCGAGGUAUUUUGCCAGCAGAGCAAGGGUUCUGGGACUUUUUUUAAAUUGACUUGUGCCAUUCUAGCGAGACACUAUGGCAGAAGAGCAAACUGGCCUUGAGGAGAGGAUAAUAAUAAAGGACCAGCACACGAAGGAAAUAGACCUGGUGAACAGAGAUCCAAAGCACAUUAAUGAAGAUGUUAUAAAGGUGGAUUUUGAAGAUGUCAUUGCUGAGCCAGCAGGUACAUACAGUUUUGAUGGAGUAUGGAAAACCAGCUACACCACCUUCACGGUCAGCAAGUACUGGUGCUACCGGCUGCUUUCGGUUGUGUUGGGAAUCCCUCUGGCAGUCAUCUGGGGCUUCCUCUUUGCUUUAAUCUCCUUUUGCCAUAUCUGGGCAGUAGUGCCUUGCAUCAAAAGCUAUGUGAUCGAAAUCCAGUGUGUCAGCAGAAUUUACUCCCUCUGCAUCCACACCUUCUGUGACCCACUGUGUGAGGCCCUGGGGAAGAUCUUUAGCAGCAUCAAAGUUGCCCUACGCAAGGAAAUCUAGAGCGAUUGGCGGAGAAAACUAGCAGAAACAAUCACUCACCCAACAAUCACACUUUCAAAGUUUUCCUGAAAGACUGUGCACCAUAUUCUUCGCUCAGUUACAUUGGCAUAACCAGGGAAUAACUCCAAUGACGCCUAUGCAGUUACUACACAUUCAAUCUAAUGUAAAGGAGAACAGAACUUCCUCUGUAAUUAUUUCAUGGACCACAACCUUAGAUUAAUACAUGCAUUUAUUAAGUAACAAAUAAGGGUGUGAGAAAGCUAAAGUACAUUUGGGUACAAUGCAUAAUUGUCUGUUUAGUUAGCCAUUAGCUCAAAAUAG